CACAUAAGAAGCGAAAGGAGGGAGCAGAAGGAGGUGAGGCGCAUCUGGAGACAAUAGAGGCGAAUACAGAGCUGCGCUUUGUCGCUGUGAUAGAGGGAUGAUCCGUGAAAACACAGGAAUAUAGAGAUGAUGGAGCGCUAAAUCUGGAUAUAUAUUCCCGUUGUAUUUAAGCUGUGUGAUCUGAGAGGAAAGAUGAAUUCUGCUGAAGCGGCGGAGGACGGACCCAAUGACUCGGAUACGGAUGCCUUCUUCAAAACAGCCAAGAAAGAGAAGUCAAUCGAAAGACAUGUAAACAUCUCAGGGUCUUUCAGAAGUGAAGGCAUUAAAGCGUCGGAUGUCCUUCCUGUGCUGAGGGAGAAAAUAGCUUUUGUAUCAGGAGGUCGCGAUAAAAGAGGUGGUCCCAUCUUGACCUUUCCCGCACGAAGUAACCAUGAUCGAAUAAAACAGGAGGAUCUGAGACGGCUUGUCACGUACCUGUCCACUGUGCCAAGUGAGGAUGUGUGUAAGAGGGGUUUCACUGUGAUCAUUGAUAUGCGUGGCUCGAAGUGGGAUCUGAUUAAGCCGUUAUUGAAGACCCUACAAGAAGCUUUUCCAGUUGAGAUCUGCGUCGCUCUCAUCAUCAAACCAGACAACUUCUGGCAAAAACAGAAGACCAACUUUGGCAGUGCCAAGUUCACCUUUGAGACUAGCAUGGUGUCUGUGGAGGGUUUGGCCAAACUCGUGGACCCAUCUCAGUUAACGGAAGACUUUGAAGGCUCUCUGGAGUAUAACCACGAUGAAUGGAUUGAGCUCCGAGUGGCUCUUGAGGAGUUUCUGGCCAGCGCUGUUCACCUCCUCUCACGUCUGGAAGAUCUGCAGGAGACCUUGGCCAAGAAGGAGUUCCCAGUGGACGUGGAGGGCUCAAGGAGGCUCAUCGAUGAGCACACUCAGCUGAAGAAGAAGGUUAUGAAGGCUCCCGUGGAAGAGCUGGACCAUGAAGGUCAGAGACUCUUGCAGUGCAUCCGUUCCAGUGAUGGUUUCUCAGGGAGGAACUGUAUCUCUGGAGGUGCCGACUUUCAGAGUGUGGUUCCAAAGAUCGCCAGUCUGCUGGAUAAAUUACACAGCACUAGACAGCACCUGCACCAGAUGUGGCACCUGAGGAAGAUGAAGCUGGACCAAUGUUUUCAGCUUAGACUGUUUGAACAGGAUGCAGAGAAGAUGUUUGACUGGAUCAGUCACAAUAAGGAGUUGUUUCUUCAAAGUCACACAGAGAUUGGUGUGAGCUACCAGCACGCUGUUGAACUACAGACCCAACACAACCACUUCGCCAUGAACUCCAUGAAUGCUUAUGUGAACAUAAACCGCAUUAUGUCGGUGGCCUCACGACUUUCAGAGGCGGGUCACUACGCCUCUCAGCAGAUCAAACAGAUCAGCACCCAACUGGACCAAGAGUGGAAGAGUUUUGCUGCCGCCCUUGAUGAACGCAGCACUAUUCUCGCCAUGUCUGCUGUAUUUCAUCAGAAAUCUGAACAGUUUUUGUCUGGUGUGGAAGCGUGGUGUAAGAUGUGCAGUGAAGGGGGGUUGCCAUCAGAGAUGCAGGAUCUGGAACUGGCCAUUCACCAUCAUCAGACGCUCUAUGAACAGGUCACACAAGCCUAUACAGAAGUGAGUCAGGACGGUAAAGCUCUGCUGGAUGUUCUUCAGAGGCCGUUGAGUCCGGGUAACUCCGAGUCUCUGACCGCCACAGCCAACUACUCUAAAGCCGUACACUGUAUCCUGGACGUGGUCCAUGAGGUUCUGCACCAUCAGAGACGUCUGGAGAGCAUCUGGCAGCAUCGCAAAGUGCGUCUGCAUCAGAGACUGCAGCUUUGCGUGUUUCAGCAGGACGUCCAGCAGGUGAUUGACUGGAUAGAGAAUCAUGGCGAGGCUUUCCUCAGUAAACACACAGGCGUGGGGAAAUCACUGCACAGAGCCAGAGCUUUACAGAAACGCCAUGAUGACUUUGAGGAAGUGGCACAGAACACAUACACCAACGCGGAUAAACUCCUGGAAGCGGCCGAGCAGCUGGCACAGACGGGCGAGUGUGACCCUGAGGAGAUCUAUAAAGCGGCCCGACACCUGGAGGUCAGAAUCCAGGACUUUGUAAGAAGAGUGGAACAAAGAAAACUACUGCUGGACAUGUCUGUCUCAUUCCACACACACACUAAAGAGUUGUGGACAUGGAUGGAGGACCUUCAGAAGGAGCUGUUGGAAGACGUGUGUUCAGACUCGGUCGAUUCGGUUCAGGAGCUCAUCAAACAGUUUCAACAGCAGCAGACAGCAACACUGGAGGCCACACUUAAUGUCAUCAAAGAGGGAGAAGAUCUUAUACAACAACUCAGAGAUUCAGCGAUGAGCAGUAAUAAGUUGCCUCAUACGAGCUCCAUCGCUCACAUCGAGGGGGUUCUUCAACAGCUGGAGGAGGCUCAGGGUCACAUGGAGGAACUCUUUCAUGAGAGGAAAAUCAAGCUCGACAUCUUUCUGCAGCUGCGCAUCUUUGAGCAGUACACAAUCGAGGUGACGGCAGAAUUAGAUGCGUGGAAUGAAGACCUGGUCCAUCAGGUGAAUGACUUUACCGCUGAAGAGCCCAGUCUGGCCGAACAGAGACUUCAGCGGCACGCAGAGAGAAAGCUGGCCAUGAAAAACAUGACCUAUGAGGUCAUGCAGCAAGGUCAGGACCUGCAUCAGUACAUCAUGGAGGUCCAAGCAUCAGGUAUUGAGUUGACCGGUGAGAAGGACGUGGAUCUGGCCACCCAAGUUCAGGAGCUGCUGGAGUUUCUUCAUGAGAAACAGCACGAGCUGGAUGUGAGCGCCGAGCACACCCAGAAACAUCUGGAGCAGUGUGUGCAGCUACGACACCUACAGGCCGAGGUUAAACAGGUUCUGAGUUGGAUCCGUAAUGGUGAGUCUAUGCUGGAUGCCAGUAUGGUAAACGCAAGUUCACUAUCAGAGGCCGAACAACUACAGAGAGAACAUGAACAAUUCCAGCUCGCCAUAGAGUCUUUGUUCCAUGCUAAUUCUCUGCAGAAGACCCAUCAGAGUGCCUUACAGGUGCAACAGAAGGCAGAGAUAAUGUUACAGGCCGGACACUAUGACCCAGAUGCCAUCCGCAGCUGUGCAGAGAAAGUGGCUGUACACUGGCAACAGCUCAUGCUGAAGAUGGAAGACAGACUCAAGCUGGUUAAUGCCUCAGUAGCCUUCUACAAGACAUCAGAGCAGGUGUGCAGUGUGUUGGAGAGUCUGGAACAGGAGUAUCGUAGAGAUGAGGACUGGUGUGGUGGUCAUGAUAAACUUGGAUCUUUAGCGGAGGUGGAUCACGUCCUGCCUCUCAUCAGCAAACACCUGGAGCAGAAAGAAGCAUUUCUGAAGGCCUGUACUCUGGCCAGACGGAAUGCAGAGGUUUUCCUGAAAUACAUCCACCGGAAUAAUGUCAGUAUUCAGGGAUCAUCCGGCAACACUCGUGGCCCUGAGCAACAGGUCAAAGGCAUCUUAAAUGAACUGCUUCAGAGAGAAAACCGGGUUCUUCAUUUCUGGACCAUGAAGAAGCGGCGUUUGGAUCAGUGCCAGCAGUUUGUGGUGUUUGAACGUAGUGCCAAACAGACUUUAGAAUGGAUAGAGGAGGCAGGUGAGGUCUAUCUUACUACUCACACGUCUCCAGGAGAGUCGCCGGAGAAAACUCAGGAACUCCUGAGGGAAUAUGGAGAAUUCCGGGUUUCUGCCAGGCAAACUAAGGAGAAAGUGAAGAUGCUGAUCCAGUUGGCAGAUAAUUUUGUGGAGAAGGGACACAUGCAUGUCACCGAGCUGAAAAAGUGGGUGACGACUGUGGACAAGCGCUACAGAGAUUUCUCCCUGCGCAUGAGUAAAUACCGCUCCAGUCUGGAGAACUCACUGGGCAUCAGCUCUGAGGAUAAUAAGGAUCUGGAAUUGGACAUCAUUCCAGCCAGUCUGACUGACCCAGAGGUCAAACUACGUGACCCGAACCAUGAGGUGAACGAGGAGAAGAGGAAAUCAGCCCGGAAAAAAGAGUAUAUUAUCGCAGAACUGUUGCAGACAGAAAAGGCCUAUGUGAGAGACUUACAUGAAUGUCUAGAGACAUAUUUGUGGGAGAUGACGAAUGGUGGAGAGGAAAUACCUUCAGGAAUAGCCAACAAAGAGCACAUCAUCUUUGGCAACAUCCAGGAAAUUUAUGACUUCCACAAUAAUAUAUUCCUGAAAGAGCUGAUCAAUUAUGAGCAGUUACCUGAGGAUGUAGGGCAUUGCUUUGUCACAUGGGCUGAUAGAUUUAAUAUUUAUGUGACAUACUGCAAAAACAAACCAGACUCCAGUCAACUCAUCUUGGAGCAUGCUGGGAGUUUUUUCGAUGAGAUACAGAAGAGACAUGGUCUGGCCAACUCCAUAUCAUCGUACCUCAUCAAACCUGUCCAAAGAAUCACCAAAUACCAGCUGCUUCUCAAGGAGUUGCUGUCCUGCUGUGAAGAGGGCAAAGGGGAAAUUAAAGAUGGCCUGGAGGUCAUGUUGAGUGUGCCAAAAAGAGCCAAUGACGCCAUGCAUGUCAGCAUGCUGGAAGGCUUUGAUGAGAAUCUGGAUGUGCAGGGUGAACUCUUUCUCCAGGACUCCUUUCAGGUGUGGGACCCAAGAUCUCUCAUCCGUAAAGGACGAGACCGACAUCUCUUUCUCUUCGAGAUCUCUCUUGUCUUCAGUAAAGAGAUCAAGGACUCGGCAGGACGAUCCAAAUACAUCUACAAGAACAAACUACUGACAUCUGAGUUAGGGGUAACCGAGCAUGUUGAGGGAGACCCAUGUAAAUUUGCCUUGUGGGCUGGACGCACACCCUCAUCUGACAACAAGACAGUCCUCAAGGCAUCCAGUAUUGAGGUGAAACAGGAAUGGAUUAAAAACAUUCGAGAAGUCAUUCAGGAGAGAAUCAUUCACUUGAAGGGGGCACUAAAAGAACCGAUCCACGUUCCCAAAACCCCGGCCAAACCCCGCAAUAACAGCCGAAGGGAUGCUGGUGAGGAUGCUGACAGUCAGGGAGAUGGCAGCAGUCAGCCAGACACCAUCUCCAUCGCCUCCAGGACCUCACAGAACACUAUGGACAGUGACAAGCUCUCUGGAGGAUGUGAGUUGACGGUGGUCCUGCAGGACUUUUUGGCAGGUGGUUCCUCUGAGCUCAGCAUUCAGACGGGUCAGACAGUUGAGUUGUUGGAGCGGCCGAGUGACCGUCCGGGAUGGUGUCUGGUACGCACCACAGACAAAACUCCUCCUCAGGAGGGUCUGGUGCCCAGCAGCGCUCUGUGUAUCUCUCACUCUCGCAGCAGCGUGGAGAUGGACUGCUUCUUCCCUUCAGGCAAAGACAACUAUUCAGUUAGCGGUCCUGAUGGAAAGACAGAGUCUGUGGCCACGUUGCAGCCGCAGGCGUCCUUGAACUCUCUUCAGAGCAGCUCACCGGGACCCAAACGCUCAGGGAAUACACUGAAGAAGUGGCUGACCAGCCCGGUCCGACGCCUCAGUCACGGCAGCAACAUCAAGAAGGUCCCUAGCAAACAGAAGCAGAAACGCGAUGGACGUAAGAGCAUUGACAUGGGGCCGCCUGAACUACAGGAUGACGCUUUGGAGGAGAGAGUGCAUAAAGGAGAGGGAACACUUACCAAAUCAUCAUCAUCAGGGAUGCACAGCGGAGGAGAGGAUGAACCAGAGGACGAGUCACACACCCCUCUGCCUCCCCCUAUGGAGAUCAUCAAUAACACCUCUACUCAAGAAGAUAAGUCUUCUGUGCUUCUGGCUUCACGGCAGAGCUCGGCUGAUGUUCCCAGCGCUGCUGAGCUUGUCAGUGCUAUAGAGAAACUGGUCAAAACAAAGAUGACGUUAGAGCCGGGGUCUUAUCCAGGAUUCAGUCCAGUUAACCCAGCAGAGCAAAGCCCUACACCACCCAGAAACCCCGAGCAGGAGCAAAUAGCCAAAGCUCUGCGGGGACGAAUGUUUGUUGUGAAUGAAUUAAUUCAGACAGAGAAAGACUACGUGAAGGAUUUGGGUAUUGUGGUGGAGGGCUUUAUGAAGAGCAUAGAUGAGAAAGGAGUUCCCGACGAUAUGAAAGGAAAAGACAAAAUCGUCUUUGGAAACAUUCACCAAAUCUAUGACUGGCACAAGGAUUUCUUUGUGGGUGAACUGGAGAAAUGUCUUGAAGAUCACGAGAAGCUGCCUGGACUGUUCAGUAAACAUGAGAGAAGACUACACAUGUAUGUGGUUUACUGCCAAAACAAACCCAAAUCUGAAUACAUUGUUGCAGAAUAUGAUUCAUACUUUGAGGCGAUUCAGCAAGACAUCAACUCUAGACUGACCAUCAGUGAUUUUCUCAUUAAACCCAUUCAGAGAAUAACUAAAUACCAGCUACUACUGAAGGACUUCUUGAAAUACAGCGUAAAGGCUGGGUUGGAUUGUCAGGAUAUAGAGAAAGCGGUAGAUCUGAUGUCCCAGGUGCCAAAGCUGUGCAAUGACAUGAUGAAUCUGGGCAGACUGCAGGGAUUUGAGGGAAAGUUGACGAGUCAAGGGAAGCUCCUGCAGCAGGAGACGUUCUUUGUGACAGAACAAGACUCUGGGGUUCUGUCCCGCAGUAAAGAGCGCAGGGUUUUCCUCUUCGAGCAGAUCGUCAUCUUCAGCGAGCUCUUACGCAAGGGCUCAUCCAUACCGGGAUAUCAGUUUAAAAAGAGCAUCAAGGUGAGCCUCCUGGGCCUAGAAGAGCAAGUUGAAAACGACCCGUGUAAGUUUGUGUUGUCGUGUCGCGGUUCAGCCGAACGCUUUACCCUGCAGGCGGCAAACACGGACAUUAAACAGGUCUGGGUUCAGCAUAUCACUGAUCUACUGGACCUACAAAACAACUUCCUGUCUGCUCUUCAGUCUCCAAUUGAAUAUCAGAAGGAGCGGGGCGGCUCUCAGUCGUUGAACCGUAAGACCUCCAGCGGUGGCCGUUCAGCUCAGCCCAACAUCAGGCCCAGCUCUACGGUCUUACUCGGAGCAGAGAAACCCUCUCUGUCUCCACGGAGCUCCACUUCGCUAAAGCUAACUACCUCCAACGGCGGUUCAAGCCAUGAAUUGGACAGAUACCACUCCUCCAGGAAGUUUGAUGGCGUCGGCUGUAACGGUACGUCGUCCUCAUUGCUGGUGACUCAGGACUAUAAUGCACUGAAAGAGAACGAGAUCUGUGUCACGCAGGGUGAGACGGUGCAGAUACUGGCCACAAAUCAGCAAAACAUGUACCUGGUGUACCGACCCGCCAACAGCCAAUCUCCGGCGGCGGAGGGUUGGGUGCCGGGACACGUCCUGGGCCCUCUUACUAAACCCCUCAUAGACACUACUGCAGACUCAAACAUCAAGAAAUCUCUGUCGUGGAACACGCUUCGCGCUCGUAAGCGUGCCGAGAAGGAGAGCGCACCCCUUAAAGGUGAUGUUAAGAUUGAGAAUGGACGUAAGCCAAAGGAAAUUCUCAGCAGCAAGGUGACUGUGAAAGAGUCUCGCAGCUCAGACGAGUCCGAGUGUGAGGAUGAACUCGACCCUAAAACUAGCAUGGAGUUGUUGAACCCUAAUUUCAUCCAGGAGGUGGCUCCGGAGUUCCUGACCCCUCUCGCCGAUGUGACGUGCGCUCUGGGAGAGACUGUGGUUCUGUGCUGUAAAGUUUGUGCUCGACCCAAACCCACAAUAACACUGAAAGGUCCUGAUCAAAGCCUGCUGGUCAACAAUAACAGAUUUGCCAUCAAUAUCAGGGAAACAGGGGAUAUAGUGUUGAAGAUCUGUAAUCUAAUGCCGCAGGAUACAGGCAUCUACACCUGUGUGGCAGUUAAUAAGCAUGGCACUGCCUCCUCAUCAGCAUCUAUUAAAGUACAAGGUAUCCCAGCAGCCCCUGCUCGGCCCGUGGCUCAGGAAUCCAGCAGUACAUCUGUCAUUGUUCACUGGCUUCCUCCAGCCAGCUCAGGAAACUCAGCCAUCACCAGCUACACCGUGGAAUACAGACAGGAAGACUCUCUGAUAUGGCAGCAGUCGGUGGUCUCUACCUCAGACAUGUGUGUGAAGAUUGAGAAUCUGAUUCCUGGUGGACACUACCAGUUCAGGAUCAGUGCCAGUAACCCCUGGGGCAUCAGUACACCCAGUGAGCCCUCAAACAUGGUGACAUUACCCAGCACCGCCUCAACGUAUGACGGCACUGGCAUCCAGUGGAAAGACAACUUUGAAUCAGCUUUUACAGAACUAUGUGAAAUUGGACGGGGUCGUUUCUCUGUAGUAAAGAAGUGUUCGAGUAAAGCCAGUAAAAGGGAAGUGGCUGUAAAGUUUGUCAAUAAGAAGAUGCAGAAGAAAGACCAGGUGGCACAUGAGGCCGACAUCUUGCGUCAUGUCCAACAUCCACAGCUGGUGGCGCUAGUUGAUACCUAUGAGUCCCCAACAGCCUACGUACUGAUCCUUGAACUUGUUGAGGACGGCCGUCUGCUGGAUUAUCUGGUGGCUCAUGAUGAGCUGAUGGAGGAGAAGGUGGCAUUCUUCAUUAAAGACACACUGGAAGCUCUACAGCACCUUCACACCUGCAGAGUCGCUCACCUGGAUCUCAAGCCUGAAAACCUGUUGGUGGACCUCCACGUGCCGGUGCCAUGUGUGAAGCUCACAGAUCUGGGUGAUGCUAUACAGGUCUCAAGUCACCGCUAUGUGCAUCUCCUCCUGGGGAACCCUGAGUUUGCUGCCCCAGAACUCAUCCAGGGCACCCCGGUCUCCCUGUCCACAGACGUGUGGAGCGUAGGGGUGCUGGCCUACGUCAUGCUCAGCGGUGUGUCCCCGUUUCUAGACGAAAGUCUGGAGGAGACCUGCGUCAACAUCUGCAGGCUGGACUUCUGCUUUCCAGAGGACUAUUUCUGUGGGGUCAGCCAGGCCGCCAAAGACUUCAUCGUGUCCGCGCUUAACCAGGACCCAAGGAAAAGGCCGAGCUCGGCCACGUGCCUGCAGCACCCCUGGGUCAGCGCUCAUAGUGGGGAUUACUCCAAAACGCCACUGGACACCGUCAGACUCGCUGCGUUUAUAGACAGACGCAAACAGCUUCAUGACGUCAGACCUGUGACAAACGUUAAAGGACUUGUGAGCAGCACAAUGGGUCACACCUUAUGAGCAUGGGCGGCUGAAAGAGACCAUUACAGUAUAUUACAUGGAGAAAAUGUACUUUAUUUCAUAUCGGUUGUGCACUUAUGCGGUGUUAUCUACGGGGUGGAAGGUUAUCGCUCUGACCUGACACUUUUGGAGGAAAUCACAUGGAUUUAUUUAAGGAAUGUGAGACUCUUAGUGAAUCAUAGAUUGUAAUACUACAUUGGAAUUUUGGGAAUUGCAUAGCUAGAAAUAGUAACAUCAUUGUAAUUAAAGCUUAGGAUGAUGUGUUUACAGAUUUUGACAGUUUUAUACAGACCUGUAGUUUUGUGAUGUACCAGGUUUAGUUCACGGGUAUUAUAGGAAUGGUUUAUCAAAAAAGUACGUUUUGCCAUCGUUUAAGCACUUGUGUUGUUCUGAACCUAUAUGACAGGAGAUAUUUUGAAAAAAGGGAACGGGACAAAGCUUCAAAUAUCCAUGCAUGACAAAAAGAAUAUUAACUUUAUUAAAUAAAAUAAUGACAUCAUUUUCCUUUUAUGGCAACCUAAUCCUUCAAUAUAUUGGGGUCAAUAAAAGCAGAAAUGUUCAGGUAGAAUCUGUGUUUUAAGAGACAUUUAGUGAUCAUUACAAAUCCAUCAUCUUUACAUGUAGCAAAUCUAUUUUUCACAAUAUGACAUAAUUCAUGUACAAAUAUACCUGCAUGAAGAACAAAAGAAAUAAACAUCCGAAUGAUAUAUAUUAUAUUUAGUUUUCAUAGUCUGGCGUCAUGACUAGAGUUUUCAAUGUCUUAAAAUAUACCAAGAAUGUUUUGACCUUGUUUGUUUUUCUUGAUUUGUCUGCAAAUAUAUGUUUAAGUUAUUAAUGGUCAGCACUUAUUAAAAAAAAAAUCCCACAUAUUGUCCAGGAAGAAACCCCAAAGCCUUAAACUCCUUUUCUUAUUUAUCAUUUUAACAGAUUGAAUAUAUGGUGGAAAUGACCAGGCGCUCCAUGAGACGUUUACAUUUGACUGUUUGACAAUUGUUCUCAAUGUUGUACAGUAUGUCAAACUGAACGUUACACCAUUCAUCUGUCAUCUUUGACACACAUGGCACAAUUUUAUCACAUUCAUAAACUCUUGCAGAUUAUGUAAACAAAUCAGUAUAUAUACGCAUUAAGCCACAUUCACAUUAAAAGCGACUUGUGUCGCUCAUCUCUUUCAGUGAGGUCGUUAGGAGGCGUUUCUAAAUCUGGUUGUAAUAAACAAAUGAGUAACGUCCACUCCAGUAACUGACGAAAGAGGGAUGACGUAAACGCCACUGCUUCGCUCUCAUUGGUAGUCACUUUGGAAAGUCACUCAUUAUUUGCAUAUUUAAACUUUUCUUAACUUUGGACACGCCCCAUCCGCUCACCAACGGUAACUGUCGCUCGUGUCACUGGAAGUCCGCAAGCUUCCAUUGAAAUGAACGAGAUUGCGUCGCUCUGCUACUGCUAGUCGCUGCUAAUGUGAAUGAGGCUUUAGGCCGGCCAAACACGUGAAGAUUUUAACCCCUUGGCGUAACCCCAUUAUAGUAUUUUACCGCAGCCAAUUUUUUUGUCCAAAAAACCUCCGGUGAGUGGUGUCAUUGCAAUUAUUUUGCUGCUUCCUCCCCGAUCCUAAAUCGUAAAUAUCAAACAAUUUUUAUAUUUAUGACUAUUGAUUGGGCUGCAAUAGCCAUUGAGAGCGUGCGAUCAACUGGAUGUUGCAUGCUGUUAUAGUUCAAACAAGACACCCACAAACAUGACAUGAAAGAUGAGUAUUGAAAAAGAAUAUUGACCUUGUACAACUAUGGUAACCAUACUGCUUUUAUAAUGCGUUAUGCAAGAACUACCGCAACAUUUAAAAAAAAAUAAGUCACGCUUAAUCUCACGUUUCUGUGAGAUCUGGCGUCACAUUGAAAUCGUUACUACAGUCACGUGUGUGUGGUCUCGCGGUCAUCCAGUGUGUGCGUUUGGACGAUUAUAUCGUUAAAAAUCAUUUGACACUGUCUUUAUGUCUGUGGUCUCCCAUGGAUUUAAAAUCGUUUAAGAUGUAAAAACCGACCAGUGUGUCCCAGGCCUUAACUGCUGUAAAAUACUACUGCGAAAGGUUGAGUACCCUAAAUCUAUUUGAAAUGGUUAAAAACGUCACAUGCUAGAGCUGAUUUUAUAGUAUUUCUCUCUUGAUUUGUCAGGGUUAGUGAAUGGUCACACGGCGGUGUAGAAUAUAGCAAUUACAGUACAUGACAUGCCUGUGAAUACUGCAGGGACAAUCGACACAUCCAUAAUGUCACCGUAACUUUGACAUAGUUUGGAUUUUUCUUGUAUUUACCCUCAUCAGUACCUGCUGUAUGAUAUUUCUACUCUUUAUUAAUAACCUUUGUAAUAUCAUCAUAUGGGUUUAGCUCGGUUUAAUAUCACCACAUCUGAAACAAACAACAUCAGAAUGUCACAGCCAAUGGUUUAGGGCAGCUACUGGUUUAACUAAGCUGAAAUUUAACAGAGCCUCACAUAAACUGUCAUGUUUCCUUUAUAAAGCAAAGAGGCCAAGAUGAAACCUCUAUCUAUUCUCAUAAGAUCUCAUUAAAAAUAUAGCCAGAUCUACUCUCUUCAUCUCUACUCCUGUAUAUCCCCGCAAUAGGAUUGUAUAGAAGCCUGUGUGUACAAUUUGCUUAAAAACAAGAAAUGUUGUUUUCUUGAUAUGGGCUGUUUGUUUAAUAAACUGUGCUUUGUUUUUAGAAAACAAACCUUGUAGUUUGUGGUUGUAUUGAUCUAUUUCUUUCUUUAAAAUACUAUAGAUAUAAUGCAACAGUCGAUCGACACUCCACAUAAAAUCUAACAUCAAUUAUGUGCUGCAUAGUUUUUAUAUAUUAUAAAAUAGUAUUUAACAGAAUGAAACAAACACUUUACAGUAAAGUAGAUAUUACAUCAGCCCCCAUUAGUCAUAACCGUAACAAAAAAAAAACAAUUCUCUGUAAUGUUGACAAAAAUUAUAAUUUAUUUCAAUUGUAAAUUUUUAAUAUGUACUGGAUUUGCUAAAUUUGGGUUCAUUAAAUUAAUUCACUAGAUUUGUGUUGAAUGAAAAUAGUUUCAGGACUAAGGAUUAAGCAUAAGCACAUCAUUGUUUUGUUAUGGAGUUUGUGUAUUUCUUUGUUUAUUUAAAAUUAUUGUAAAGCAUUAUGCCUUUUGAAGCAGAUUGGGGAUUUCAUUUGUUUUUUGC